CUGUACUUAGUUCGUUGCAAUAUUCUCUCUCUUUCUCUCUCUCUAACUAUAAACCAGAGCGGCCGGAAUCUCUGCCGCCGCCGCCGAUGGAUCAAAAAACAGCCAUCAAUAGAACCAGCAGUGGCACUGGAAUCAUCCUCGGAAAAUACCAAUUAGGUCGUCUUUUAGGCCGAGGAAGUUUCGCCAAAGUCUACCAUGCCAAAUCCCUCACCGACGAUUCCACCGCCGCCGUCAAAGUUAUAGACAAAUCAUCCGUCGCCGCCGUCGGCAUGGAAACCAGAAUCGUCAGUGAAAUCGACGCAAUGCGUAGACUCAGUCGUCAUCCUAACAUUAUCCAGAUCCACGAAGUACUCGCCACAAAAACCAAAAUCUAUCUCGUAAUGGAACUCGCCCGUGGCGAUCUCUUUUCCCUCAUCGGUCGUCGUGGACGGAUGCCGGAAUCUGUAGCUCGACGUUACUUUCAACAACUUGUUUCUGCACUUAGCUUCUGCCAUGAAAAUGGGAUCUCUCAUCGUGAUAUCAAGCCGCAGAAUUUACUGAUCAACGAUUCUGGUGAUCUGAAAAUCUCUGAUUUUGGUCUAUCAGCUUUACCUGAGCAGAUUCGUGGAGAUGGGUCUGGAACUGGAAAGUCUGGAAUGCUAUACACAUCAUGUGGAACGCCGGGGUAUACCGCGCCGGAAGUAUUUUCCCGGCGAGGAACAGGGUACGAUGGAGGGAAGGCCGAUGCUUGGUCCUGCGGUGUUAUCCUAUACGUCCUGCUUGCAGGUUCACUUCCGUUUGACGAUAGUAAUCUGUUAAACAUGUAUCAGAAAAUGCGAAGGAGUGAAUUUGAGUUCCCAAGUUGGAUUUCGAAACAAGCGAAGAACGCGAUUAGAAAACUUCUCGAUCCAAAUGCAAACACAAGAUUAACCAUCAAUUCCUUAAUGGGUCUUAACUGGUUUAAAAAAUCUCUGGAAUCCAAUCCCUCACCCGAUCUGCUCGAUCAGUUACCUUCAAACGAAUGCAAAUUCACGAACUCCUCCAUGACUGCUUUCGAUAUCAUUUCGCUGUCAUCUGGGUUGGAUUUAUCUGGGCUUUUUGAACAGAAGUGUAAUAGGAAGAGGGAAAGGAGAUUUACAUCGAGAGUAUCGAUAAGGGAAACAGAGGAUGUAGUUGGGCAAGUUGGAGAGAAAUUAGGGUAUAAAGUGAGAAGAAGGAAAGAAGGGAGUUUUGGAUUGAUAAAGGGGAAAACGGUGUUAUUAGCUGAAAUUCUUGCUGUGACGCCGGCGGUGUCGUUGGUGGUGGUGACCGUGGUUGAAUGCGGAGGCGCGGCGGCAGAGAUGGAGGAGUUGAAUUGGGAUGAUUUGAGAAUUGGGUUUGAUGAUAUAGUUCUUUCAUGGCAUAAUAAUAAUGAUGGUAUCUUGAACAAUUGUUUGUAAGAACUGUGACUUUUUCUCUAUGUUUUUCUUAUUAUAUGAUGUAAAUUAGAACAAGUUCUUCUUUGUUUUACAUUUUCUAGCUUAUUUGCAUAAAUGAAGCUGUUUUGAUUUGGGUUUUGA